GAGAUGAACACACGCUCUCUUGUUCAGUGUGCUUGCCUUUGGGCAAAAAAGAAGGAAACAAACCUGAGAAAGAAACAAGUAAACCACAGAAGGGAGUUUUUCAUUCCAGGAAAACCAAAGGAGGAGCAGAAAGAGAGAGGAUCGUGAUAUCAGUCUGUUCUGAUAAAAUAAGAAACAAACACACCUGAAGCACAACAUCUACAGAAAUGGAGAGAAUCACACUGAUGUCUGUUCUGCUCACAGUCGUGGUCAGUUCGUCUCCGCGUCAGUAUCACUUUGUGAAUCAGAAGAAGAACUGGACUGAAGCUCAGAGAUACUGCAGAGAGAAAUACACAGAUCUGGUCUCUAUCAAUGACAUGAAUGAACAGAAUGACACAAAUCAGCUCCUACAGAGAGAGAACAUCAGGGCUGACCGUGUCUGGAUUGGGCUGCAGGACGCAUGGGUUUGGUCUCUGAAUAACUCUGACUUCUACAGAGGAAAUGAGUCUCAGUUUAGGAAUUGGGGACCAUAUCAACCAAAUGGAGAUGGAGACUGUAUUUAUAUGAACAAUGAUGGACAAUGGCAUGAUGUGGACUGUAGUAAAACAAGAUAUUUCAUCUGCUAUAAUGGCAGCAGUAAAGGAUUCGUCCCUGUACAGGAGAAAAAGAACUGGAUUGAAGCUCAGAAACACUGCAGAGAGAAACACACAGAUCUGGCCAGUGUGAGGAAUGAGAGUGAGAAUGAACAGAUAAAGAACCUAACUUCACCUAAUCAAGCCUGGAUCGGUCUGCAAAGAUUCUGGGUUUGGUCAGACAACAGCAAAUUUAUAUCCCCUCUCUGGAGCACUGGUCAACCCAAUAUCAGAGAUGGCAGAAACAGCAUCUGUGUAUCAACUGGUAUCAGUGAAGGAGGAUGGACAGACGAGCGUUGUUCAGAUCAUCAUCUCUUUGUGUGUUAUGAUGAUAAACUGGUUCUGAUCCGAGAGAAUAAGACGUGGACUGAAGCUCUGAGAUACUGCAGAAAUAUGAGCAUGGACCUGGUGUCGGUGGAUUCGGAGCAGAUGCAGCAGUGGGUGAAGAUCUUGUUGAUGAAAACGAGCGCUGUCUCUGAUCACGUGUGGCUGGGUCUGCGUCACUCCUGCACAGUGGGGAUCUGGUUCUGGGUCAACGGUCAGACCGUGUGCUAUGAUCAGUGGGCUUCUGGUUAUGACAGCGGACCGGACGAAUGUGAUAAGACCGUCAGAUCCGGAGUCAUUCGAAAGAAUGAUACUCGCUGGAUCAGCCGCCCUGAAACUGAUAGAUACAACUUCAUCUGCAUCAAGUGAGUGCUGGAGAGUAACUGAUUACAUCUGAUCCAGAUUACAAAUAUUCUGUACUUUAAUUAGAUUACACUACAUUUUAAAAUACCAAUAUUUAGAAAACCGUUACUUUCUUAUGGAUUACGUUCACACAAUACAAGUAAAGUAUUAAUUUAAUUAUAAAGUAAUCACAAAGUACUCAGAAUACAUUACUUAAAAUGUGAAAUCUAAUCGAUUGUUACUAAAUAAAAUUUUCAUGAUGUACUUUGUAACCAGUAACAGACUUAUAAUAUAAUAUAAUAUAAUAUAAUAUAAUAUAAUAUAAUAU